CUGGGCCUGGAGACACCCCUCUGAGGGAACGGCGGGGCCUACAGACUCUGUUCUCCAGCCGGAGCUGGGACUGUUCAGGUACUGGGAGGCGGGAUGUGGGUCUGAAGAGCUUGGUUGCCGAAACUUCGGGGUCUACAAACGCAGGCGGGAGCUGAGCCAAAAGAGCUUGUUUCCUGGGAGGCGGGAGAUGCAGCCAGGAGAAACAGCUGUGCCUGCAGAGGCCGCCAUGUGGGAGGCGGAGGCCGGGCCUCCUCAAAUCGGCCUCUCCAGACCCACUUGCAGCCUCCCGGCGUCCUCCCCGGGCCCAGCUCUUCCUCCCGGCUGUGUCUCCAGGCCUGACUCUGGCCUCCCAACACCGUCUUUGGACUCAGCUCCUGCCCAGCUCCCAGCGGCCCUGGUAGGCCCACCACUUCCCGAAGCCAAGCUCCCCAGGCCCAGCUCAGGCCUCACGGUGGCCUCUCCAGGCUCAGCUCCUGCCCUCCGAUGGCAAGGUCGGUGGGCUCCUCUAGGCCCAGCUUGGGCCUCCCGGCGGCCUCUGCAGGCCCAAAUCGUCCUGAAGUCGGCCUCUCCAGGCCCAGCUCCGGCCUCCCGGCGGCCUCUGCAGGCCCAAGUCGUCGUCAAGUCGGCCUGGAAUUGGGCCUGGAAGAGCAGCAAGUCGGCCUUCCCGGGCCCAGCUCCGUCCUCUCGGCGGCCUCUCCAGGUGCAAAACUUCCUCGAGUCAGCCUCUCCAGGCCCAGCUCCUCCUGCCUCCCAGUGGCCUCUUUCAGCCCAGACCAGCUCAUGGCUCUUGGCGGCCUUCCCAGGCCCCGCUUUUGACUUUUGGUGGCCUCUUCAGGCCCAGAAGUUGACCUCCAGUGGGCCUUUGCAGGCCCGGCCUCCUGCCUCUCGAAGGCCUGCAUGGGCCUGGACUCACAGCAGACUCACAGCGGACUCUCCAUGCCCAGCUAGCUCUUGCCUCAUUGCGGCCUCCCGAGUCCAAAGCUCCUGCCUCUCGGCCGCUUCGGCAGGCCCAGCUCCCGCCUGCCAGCGGCCUCUUUAGGCCCAGCUCAUUCCUCACAACGGCCUUCCCAGGCCCCGUUUUUCCCUUCCGGCAGCCUCUUGGCCUCUAAUUUGUUUAUCUUUUGUGUAUAAAUCCCAAAAUAUUGAAUUUUGGAAUAUUUCCACCAUUAUGUGAAUAUUUUGGUAGGUGAUUUAUUUGGGGUGAGUUUCUGCACCAAGCCCGAAUUUUUUAUUUUAUUUUACUUAUUAUUUGGUGUUAAACAGGUUUAAUGACGGUCACGGCAACUUUUUGGCACAAUGAAAAAUAUCGCCCAUGA